AUGUCAGAUCCUAGAAGAGCCGAUCCGCGAAGAGGGGGCAACUACCCCGACUCAGGAGGAUACAGGCAGCCCCAGCGACCCGUGAAGGAAGAAACCGGUCCGCAAAUACACGAUGAGGCAGAUUUGGUGUCGUUUCGCAACGAUGCAUUGAAGCGAAUGUUAAUGAACCAAGAACAAUUAGAAAAUGUUACAACGAAAUACGUACACACGUCCAAGAUUAUACCGCCUGGUAUAUGGGCCACCAGCAACAAGGAGUCUGCUUCCAUGGAUGACGCGGAAAUGGAGAAAUAUUUGCAAGAACAGCUAGACAAGCCAUAUUUUGGAGACCUUAAAUUAAUGAAAAAGAAGGAAGAAUUGCUCCAGAAAGAAAUAGAAAAUCUUGGAGAAACACCCGUAAUAGGUAUGGAUGACCUGGAGUAUACAUUCCAACAGAGAGCGACUAAUAUUCUAGCACAGAAGUUUUCUCAAAUUACCGAUAAGGAGUCUUUCGAACAAUAUCAAAAGGAAACCGAAGAAAUCUUAAAGGACAUGAAGUCUACACACUCAAAAGAGUACAAGGUACAUGCUCCUUACACAAAGCGUUCAGUAUCGCCGCUGUCGCUUGGCAUUCAGGUAGAACGAGCUCCAGAUAGUUACAACCCCAAACUGGUUAAUUCGUUAAUUGGUCUUGGCAAUGACAAGAUGGAGCCAGACUAUAUGGAUGGCGGUGGCUUCGAGAGCAACGACACCCAUAAACAAACUUCAGGCUAUACUGAGCCACAGGGCCAAUUUUCAAUCGACAUACUUCAAGGCGAAAGGCAUGGCUCGAACGAUGACAAUGCCUCAGGCGUCAAUAAUACCGGCACCAUGAUGGAUGACAACAUCGACUCGAUGUUUGGUGGAGAUAAUGCUCAAUCAAUGCUUGACGACGAUAUGAACGACUUGAUAAAUUUUGACCAAGCCGAUGACGACGAUGCCAUGGGAAACAACGGGUUUGAUGGCGAGUUCCUCAAACUUGAGUAG